ACGCUCCCAUAACAAACCGGGGCAGAUUAAUUCAAUUUACCACAUAUCAUCACCCCCUUUCGAUUCUCCCCGCGACGUAGCCCCGAAUUUUUCCUGCCCCGCGGAGUUUACAGGAGGACUUAUCUGUUUGAAUCGACAAUUCUUGGUCUUGGAUUUGGUCCUCUGCUUGUCUCCGCUGGGGAUAUUUCCUUUUCUUCCUUGGUUUUCAGAAUCUUGUAUCAGGACAUAAUUCAGGAACCUGAGUGCAGCCAUGCAGAGCCAGCUCUUGUGUAGUGGAUGUAGGAGCAUUUUGCUUUAUCCUAGAGGGGCAACCAAUGUUUGUUGUGCAUUGUGCAACACAGUUACCUCGGUUCCUCCACCUGGAAUUGAAAUGUCUCAGCUUUAUUGUGGAGGUUGUCGGACAUUGCUAAUGUACACACGCGGAGCUCCUAGUGUGAGAUGUUCUUGCUGUCAAACCGUAAACCUUGCGUCAGCCUCUAAUCAACUCGCUCAUAUGCAUUGUGGAAACUGCCGGACUACGCUCAUGUAUCCAUUUGGUGCCCCAUCAGUCAAAUGUGCAGUUUGUCACUAUAUUACUAAUGUCAGUAUGAGCAAUGGAAGGAUUCCAAUUCCUGUCCAGAGACCUAAUGGAACAACCAACUCUGGAACAUUGCCUUCUAUUCCAACUAGCCAAACUGUCCUGGUUGAAAAUCCUAUGUCUGUUGAUGCAAGUGGGAAACUGGUCAGCAAUGUUGUUGUUGGCAUUACAGCAGAUAAGAAAUAAUGUCGCUGCAUUUUUUUCUUCUGUCGUGAGAGGUUCACAAUUUGAGUCAUUUUCAUAGUGUCAAGCACAUGAAGAUGGAUAUUCUUUGUGUAUACGAUGUUGCUCGCCAAUGGUUAAAGAAAUCCAAAGCCUGUACUUAAUAUAUGGUUUAGAGUUGUUUCAAGUACAUUUAUUUCUGUAUGUAUGGAUAUCAGGAGUACAAGUGUGAAAAAGGCAUCGAAUUUGUCAUUCUGCGGUUCUCAGGUUUACGUUAUUACUGCCUCUGCAUUGAUAGCCAAACGAUUUAGUCUUGGCUUUGGCCAUUAAAAUGAUUUGAGAAGAUAUAACAUUAAUACAUUAUCCAACAA